CCUGUACAAGAACUUUUCACGCAUGAAUUGGAAACCAGGAAGGCUACUCCCAGAAUCGGCUGAUUUCUUGCACUUCUCGCCCGCUCAGUGCUGGCGGCUAAUGACUCGGUCUUUUGAUAUGGCACGUUUACCUCGAGGUCCAUCAAGUGUAACGAACUUACCUUGUUAUCUGGGCGUCUAUCCAAACUCUAACUUGCCUCGCGCGUGACAAUUUACCUGAUCUUUCCUGUCAUCAUCCCCGAGCUAGCUCACUCACCUUUUUCUACGAUGAAUCGUCGAUCCAGAGGGCGUUCGCCGCGCAUGUAUGGUAUCCCUACGUUCCAAUCCAGACACAGCGCUGCGUCACACGCAUCUUCGAAUCCAUCUGGCAGGGCUCCUUCUAUACCUCUUCCUUCAGAUAAGAGCAUUUUUGAAGGUUUAGACACCAAGUGCAUCCAGAUGUUGUCCCCCCCCCCACUCUCGACGUGACCGAUGCAAUGGUCGAUAUCAAAGACGUCGAAUACAUCGGCUCCUACAACUGGAUCAAGAACCAUGACUCUGCAUUGGAUAUCCUGGACCCAUCACCGACAAUACUAGUACCUGGCUCACCACCGGAGUGGCAAAACAAAGCCGUCCCUUACAGUGUCCCUGCCGACAAAGGCAUCUUCUUCUCUGACCAAAAUGGCUUCCAGAUGCCUUCCGCUAUCCUCCUUCCACUCAUGGCUGCUGUCGAGACCGUAGCGGAAGAUAAAAAGGAACCCCCUUUCGAUUGGUCUUCGGUCGACUUUGUUACCGAUCGUAACUGCCUCCGCAAACUCCUUAGAUGGAUUGGGGGAAAAGAUGAUGAGAAGAGUAUGAAAGAAUUUAGGAUCGACAUGCAGCUCGCCGGCAAAAAAACUGUCUUGUUCAAUAGGUGGGACAAGAGAUAUCGGGAACAAGCUUCCGGAUACACGUUCGGAUAUAACUUCGAAACCCACACUACCAAGCCUGCGAAUGGAUGUGAAUCUAGCACCGGUCACCAUCGCAUCAUUACUUACGACCUCGGAGGCUUCAAAAUGGUGGUACGGUUUGAAGUUGAUGCCUGUGUAUCUGGCAGCGAUACCAAACGUGCUCCUGCUGCGUCGAGUUCGUCAACGACCGUCGAUGACCUCUCAAACUUGCUUUCGAGAGUUAAGAUAGGACCACCCACAUCUUCUGUCAUAGCAGUCACCCCGUCGCGUUCACUGACAGUCAAGUUGGAUGGUUCCUACGUCCCUCAAAAUGCGAUCCUCGAACUCACAACCGUCUCAGAACGCAGACGCUCUCAGUUUGAUUGGUACGAACAAUAUCCCCAACUCUUCCUCUCGCAAACGCCUCGCCACUUCCUUGGCAUUCAUAAUCAAGGACGCUUCCAAGCCGUUGAAAAGAAUGAGCUGAGUGCUCUGACUCACCAGGCGAAAUCGGUACAACCCAGUUUGAAGAAGCUGGUAAAAGUCUUGAAGAGUAUUCAGGAAAUGGUUGUUAAGAAAGGAAUGACAGGCAGGUUGACGUUGAUUCGUGACGGAGAAUGGUUGAGAGUCUACGAGAGGCGGAGCCAGGAAAGCUGCCUUUUGAAGGAGUAUCUGGCAAAGUUUGAACCCAAGGACUGAGCAACUGUGAAGUCUACUCCAGUGUCGAGUAUUGCUUGGAUCUUUUCUGUACUAUUAUUAGGGAGCCUACGACGGAAUUGGCCAUGAUGGUCACUAUGUUACUCUUCCAAGUCUGUGUUUCGUCGACUUGUCCACUUUGUACCGAUAUCUAGUACACCUGAGUGCUCAAUUUAUAUUAAAGCAUUCUUCUCUUUUUCUCAGCCUUCGCCUUGCUCUCAAGCCUGUCUUUGCCUCCUACCGGUAAUAUUUUUUUUUACUUAUAUAUUGUACCCCAUCAAUCAUGG